GUUCCCAGCAGGAAAUAUAAGAAAAUACAAUGACCUCCUUCCAGCAAUCAGACAUCGCCCCUAAUUUCGAAUCCAAUCCCAAUGGUACCAUUCCUCUCUCAAACCGCCAACGCCUUCCAACCGCCCGCACAAUGCUCACGACCCUCAUCAAGGCCAUCUCCGCUAUCCCACUCCUCCCAGCUCCCGAAGCAUACCACCAACCAGCAGAUGCCACCGAAAAACUUAAUCGCGAAGCACCCCUCACCGAUAGCACCAUCAACAACAACAACCCCCUCCGCCGAGUCCCGCCAUCCCACCGCCACCUCCUCAUUACCCUGCACGUCCUCUUCCCGGGGCUGGUCCUACCCGCCCUGGACCUGCUUGAGCGCGGGCUUGUUGCCAGGGUGGGUCUUGCUUCUUCUUCUGGUAGUGCUACUGCUACAACGACGACGAAGACAUGUCGACGUGAUGGUAGUGGUGGCGGCGAGAGGGUGGUCAACAAGAGCGGGAGUGGUGGUGCUGUAGAUCAUGUUGAUGAUGAUGAUGGGAGAAGCAAAGUUGGAGGAUGGCGACCACAGGAUGGAGAUGGAGAGGGUGUCAAGCAAAAACAGCAACAUCAGAGUCAUCAGCGAAGAUUGAACAAUGAGAAGUGCGACGAGGGAGAAGGCGGCGAGGAAGAAGCGAGUACGGCCGGUACGGCUACCACAACAAGAGGCAAUGCACAGCCAAAGACUACUCGUGCCUCCUUUUACCUCGUGCAAUCCGCCGCGUCGCAAGUGGCUGCGGCCGCCUCCUCACGGCGGAGGCGGAAACACAGCGAUGACGGCCAUGACGGGAGAGAGGAGAUGGCGACGGCAGUGGCAAAGGAAUAUAUCGUCUUGCUGGAGGCGUGGCACUGCAGUUGUGCUGCGUUCGCGUUUGCCUCUGUGCAAGGUGGGAAUGCAAAUUCGGAAUGGGUCGCCGAGGUCGCGGAUUCAAGGGAGCAGAGUGAGUUCGGGCAUGGGGCCGCUGCUGAGCCAGGGGAAGGGUCAGGAAGCGCCGGGACGGAGAUGGACUGGUCGUUUGGGGGGAUGAGUCUGGAUGGGUUGGCGGCUGGAUCCGGCGAGGGCGUGCCCUUGUGCAAGCAUCUGCUGGCGUGUCUGUUGGCCGAGAGGUGGAGUGCUCCGCUGGGCAGGUACGUGGUUGAGCGGCGGGUGGGAAGGGAGGAGAUGGCGGGUAUUGUGGCUUAUGUGUAG